AUGAAGUGCGGCGUUCGGCCGGGUCGGGCCGAACACCAAAAGGGGCGACCGUUCGCGGUGACCGGUCGCUCGCGGGCCGUACGGGAUCACCGAUCAUACGACCCGAGCCGCGUAAUGCUGAAUGGCGUCACUUGUACCCGGAGGCAUCUAAUACUUACUGAGACCGCGAAGCAAUCGCAAGAUGGUACGGAUUCUGGAAAUUGGAGUGAAAUUGAGGGAGCCUGGGUAUUGAAACCGAGGAGCUCCAAGUUAAUGGCUGUCGUACAUUUUGUGGGGGGCAUAUUCGUGGGGGCUGCCCCACAGCUUACAUAUCGUUUGUUUCUGGAACGUCUAGCAGAUAAGGGCAUAUUGGUUAUUGCUACUCCUUAUGCCAGUGGUUUUGAUCACUUCCUUAUAGCAGAUGAAGCCCAGUUCAAAUUCGAGCGGUGUCUUCGAUAUCUUCAGGAAACAGAUGAAGAUAUUCCAUGUUUUGGGAUUGGUCAUUCUCUGGGAUCGGUCAUUCACCUUCUUAUAGGCUCAAGGUAUGCUCUGAAAAGGAACGGGAACAUAUUAAUGGCAUUCAAUAACAAGGAAGCAAGCCUAGCCGUUCCUUUAUUUUCACCUGUCAUUGUGCCAAUGGCCGAAAGAAUUGGACCUAUUUUAUCACAAAUAAUAUCAUCACCAACGGUUCGCCUUGGGGCUGAAAUGACUAGGAAGCAAUUUGAGAACCUUAGCCCUUCCAUUUUAAAGCAAGCUCUCCCUUUGGUCGAGCAACUCGCUCCGUUGUACAUGGACUUAGCUAAGGGGAAGGAAGAAUUUUCUCCCACGCCAGAAGAAACUCGGAGAUUGAUCAGGUCUUAUUAUGGUAUCUCAAGGAAUUUAUUAAUUAAGUUCAAAGAUGAUACCAUCGACGAAACUUCCACACUAGCCCAAGUUCUGAGCUCAGAAUCUGCUAUUAGCUCAAUGAUGGAUAUGUCUAUUCGUUCCUUACCCGGUGAUCACGGGCUGCCUCUACAACAGGUCUUGCCGGAUGUGCCCCCUGCAAUGGCAGAUGUAGUAAAUCGAGGAGGAGAACUUUUGGCUAGUUUAAGUGCAGGUACACCAUGGGAGUCAGUGGCCAAACAAGUGGGCACGUCUUUCAGUGCAUACGAUUCGAAGGAUAUUGAUCUGCUUGUUGAUGUAAUUAUUAGCUGGAUUGCCUUCAACACUGGCCCGAGACUCUUAAAGCCGUAA